AUGAGUUUAGUCGCACAGAAAAUUCUGGAAGAACAUGGCGGCUGAGCUGUUUAGCAAGGCAAACGAAGAGUUCGUCAGUGAGAAUUAUCAGCGCGCAAUCGAGCUCUAUUCUGAAGCCAUCCAGGCAGAAGGGGAGAGAGAUGAGUUCUACGUGAACAGAGCCCAGGCUUAUCUUAAGCUUGAGAAGUACACAGAGGCGUAUAAUGACUGCAGCAAGGCAUGUACGAUUAGGCCGCAGAAUGUAAAAGCACAUUUCCGGAAAGGAAUUGCACUCUUCCAUCUUAAAGAUUACAAAAAUGCUAUUGAUGCUUUCCGAGAAGGACAGUCCCUAGAUCCAGCAGAUUCUAACUAUGCAAAGUGGCUUGAGAAGUGUGAAGCAGAGUUGCCUCCCUUGACUUCGUCCUCAACAGAAGAGGCAUCCUUAGCUCCAACAAAGCCUACGACGGAGACUUCAACGCAGCCCACAGCGGAGCCUCCAACAAAGUCAACAGCAGAGCCAAUCCAGAUGCCAUCAAAACCAAAAGCAAAACAUGACUGGUACCAGACUGCUACCCAUGUCAUAGUUACUCUGCUGAUUAAGAAUGUGGCCAAAGAAGAUUUCACUGCUGACAUAAAAGAACACACUGUUAGUGUUUACAUCAAACAGGGCAGUGGGGGCCGGACUACAGCUUGA